AUGUCGGUCUCUGUCAAGGCCAACAAUCUCUUCAUGAACAAAGUCAAAACGCCGUCCGAGGACCAGGGUAUCUUGAACCUUGGCAAGCACUGUUUCAAGUGCAGCGAGUUGGACUUUUUGCCUUUCCACUGCGAGUUCUGCAACCACACAUACUGUUCCAAACACAGAGGCCUCGAAACUCACGAUUGUGUAGGUCGGGCCGAAAAGAAUCAUGUUCCAAAGGUAUACUCGGGCCCCACGGCGGCUUCGUUGUUCCCUGACCAUGCACAAAGACAAAAGCAGUUGAACGAGCUGCUCCAGCCGCCUAAGGCUACGACAAUAGCACUGAAGCAACUGAAUACCUCCCCGAAGUCCAACCCAGUCAUGAAACUCACCAAGUUUCUCCAUCUCCAAAGGUUGAAACGGGCCAGUGGGAGUAAGAGUGGCAUUUUCGGUAAGAGCAAGCUGGUGACGCCCAGUAAGGUGGUGGAGAUCGCCAACAUCAAGAAGACAGCAAAAGGUGCAGCCAACGUGAAUGUGGCCGACAGAGUAUAUUUGUGGGUGCUCUACAUCAACCAAAACGAAGAUGAACUAGACAAGAUCAACGUGCAACGCGACCGGAAAGGUGUGUGGGUGCUGAAGGCGUGGUCUGUUGGACGAGCAUUGGAUCUGGUACUGGACGUCAUGGGUAUAGUUAACAAGAACAACGCCACACAGCAGGCCAGCGAAAGAUUGAAUUUGUUUGUGGUCAAGGACGAAGUUCCAGUGGUCUUGGAAACGGGCAAAAAAGUUGGUGCUGCUCUUGCUUCUGGAGACACAUUAUACUUGGUUAAAGGAAGCAUGUAA